AUGUUGGUCAUACGCCGGCGCCUCCGUCGCGAAAGAUACGUGAACAAAUCUGUCGAUACGGGGCACCACGUGCAACAAAAGGCAAAUAAACGGCGCAAUUGUUGCUCGAAGCAGCUCAGAUAACGGCAGAUUGAGUGUCCAACGCGAAUCGAUUCGGGUAAUACGAUAAUUCGCGAGAUUUAUUAAUCCCAAGGUUCGAAAUGCGAGACGAAAAGAUGAAGUACAUCCUAGUCACAGGCGGCGUCAUCAGCGGAGUGGGAAAAGGUGUGAUUGCCUCCUCGUUCGGAACGCUUUUGAAAUCCUGUGGUCUGGAUGUCACCUCGAUCAAGAUUGACCCCUAUAUCAAUAUAGAUGCUGGAACCUUUUCGCCUUAUGAGCAUGGUGAGGUUUACGUAUUGGACGAUGGAGCCGAGGUGGAUCUGGAUCUGGGCAACUAUGAAAGGUUUUUGGAUGUUACCCUGCAUCGGGACAACAACAUAACCACCGGAAAAAUUUACAAGUUGGUCAUUGAGAAGGAGCGUACUGGCGAGUACUUGGGCAAAACUGUUCAAGUUGUCCCACACAUCACUGAUGCCAUUCAGGAAUGGGUGGAGCGCGUGGCCCAGACACCCGUGCAGGGAUCUUCCAAGCCACAGGUGUGCAUUGUGGAACUGGGGGGUACGAUUGGUGACAUCGAGGGCAUGCCAUUCGUGGAGGCCUUCCGUCAGUUUCAGUUCCGCGUAAAGAGAGAGAACUUCUGUUUGGCCCAUGUGUCGCUGGUUCCCUUGCCCAAGGCCACUGGAGAACCCAAAACAAAGCCCACUCAAAGCUCUGUCAGGGAACUAAGAGGAUGCGGUCUGAGUCCCGAUUUGAUUGUCUGCCGAUCGGAGAAACCCAUUGGACUGGAGGUCAAGGAGAAGAUCAGCAACUUCUGUCAUGUGGGUCCGGAUCAGGUGAUAUGCAUCCACGAUUUGAACUCCAUUUAUCAUGUUCCGCUGCUGAUGGAGCAGAAUGGAGUUAUUGAAUACCUAAAUGAGCGCCUACAGCUUAAUAUCGACAUGAGCAAGAGGACCAAAUGCUUACAGCAAUGGCGUGAUUUGGCUCGACGCACGGAGACCGUUCGCCGUGAAGUUUGCAUAGCCGUUGUGGGCAAGUACACCAAGUUCACGGACUCGUACGCCUCCGUGGUUAAAGCCCUGCAACAUGCCGCCCUGGCUGUAAAUCGCAAACUGGAACUGGUCUUUAUCGAGUCGUGCCUGCUGGAGGAGGAAACUAUGCAGUCGGAGCCGAGCAAGUACCACAAGGAGUGGCAGAAACUAUGCGAAAGCGAUGGUAUUCUGGUGCCCGGUGGAUUCGGUUCCCGUGGAAUGGAGGGCAAAAUUCGUGCGUGCCAGUGGGCGCGAGAGAAUCGAAAGCCAUUGCUUGGCAUCUGCUUGGGUCUGCAGGCAGCGGUGAUUGAAUUCGCACGCAGUAAACUUGGUCUGAAGGAUGCAAACACCACAGAGAUCGACCCGAACACAGCCAAUGCCUUGGUCAUCGACAUGCCAGAGCAUCACACGGGUCAAUUGGGUGGCACUAUGCGUUUGGGCAAGCGAACAACAGUUUUCGCUGAUGGCCCCAGUCUCAUUCGCCAGUUGUACGGAAAUCCUAAAACCGUGGAGGAGCGUCAUCGGCAUCGCUACGAGGUUAAUCCUAAAUAUGUGCCGCGGCUGGAAGAGCAAGGCAUGCGAUUUGUGGGCACCGACGUGGACAAAACCAGAAUGGAAAUCAUUGAGCUCAGCGGUCAUCCCUAUUUUGUUGCCACGCAAUACCAUCCAGAGUACUUGUCGCGGCCCCUGAAGCCCUCGCCUCCUUUCCUCGGCCUGAUCUUGGCCUCCGUGGAUCGAUUGACUCAAUAUAUUCAGCGCGGCUGCCGCCUGUCGCCCCGCCAGCUAUCCGACGCAUCCUCGGAUGAGGAGGACAGUGUCGUGGGUUUGGCCGGGGCAACAAAGUCGGUGAGAUCCCUGAAGAUCGCCAACACACCCACAAAUGGAAUUUCAAAUGGUUGCAAUGGUAGCACCAGCACUUCCGACGGCGAAGGUGCCUGUGGAGGCGUUGAUCUUACCAAUGGCCAUAACUAAACUAGUAAACGGUAUCUUAUAUCUUAAAGUGCUUAAGAUCCGCUUAACUAUCAGGCGUGCUUUUGUUAUGGCAAACCCCAAAAGUUUGGAAUAACAUAAGUAUACUUGGGUGUGUAUAAUAGGGUAUGGUCGAUGACAUUAGAAAUCAUUUAUAAUUUGUCAUAUUUAGCUUAAGUAAAGUAUGAUUUUCACUUCAAAUCCUCGCACAUUUUGUAGUAGUUUCCUUAUGAUAUAUUAAUUCAUAUGAAUAUUUAUAUUCUAUCUAUGUAAUUUCACUACGUUUUUCGUAAAAAUUUUACGAAGUUUUAUUUAAAAGUUUUAUUAAUUUUACUUUAACUUUGAAGAAUAUCUCUAUAGGUUACUUUAUGUCCCUUCGAACAGUCAAUUAUUUUGAAUGAUUUCCUAAAGUCGACUCUACCUGGUGUGAAUUAGUUUUUAAUCUCAAAUUACGACUAAAAUAUCGUAUUCUGCUUAUAUACUGAAUGGUUAAGUGCAUAUUGCCUUGAUUUAAACAAUAUUUAAAGCAAACAAAGCGAAAUGUAAGCAAUUACCUUAUUC